AGGCGAGGGGCCGCCCGUGCUGCUGUCCCCGCCCCAGCGCCCUGCGCCCCACUUCCCGGGCGGCUGCUCCGGAGCUCAGCCCUCCUGCCUCUCCUGGCGCUGUCCCGGACUCGCCGGGAGCGAGCGGCUGGCAAGUUUCAGCGCGCCCAGGCGGCGGGCCGUGGGCACCGUGCGCUCCGGGAGGGGUGGCCGCGACUCCGGGCUCGGCGCCCCGCGCGCACUGUGGCGAUGGCUUCUCUGCCGCGGCGACUGCUGAGCCUUCGCCCUCGCCGCCUCCUACUUCUUCUCCCCGGAUUGCUGUUGCCUCUCAGCAGCGCCUUCAACCUAGACGUGGAUAGUCCUGCCGAGUACUCCGGCCCUGAGGGAAGUUACUUCGGCUUCGCGGUGGAUUUCUUCGUUCCCAGCGCGUCUUCCAGGGUAUUUCUUUUGGUGGGAGCUCCCAAAGCAAACACUACCCAGCCUGGGAUUGUGGAAGGAGGGCAGGUCCUCAAAUGUGACUGGUCUUCUCAUCGUGGGUGCCAGCCAAUUGAAUUUGAUGCCACAGGCAAUAGAGAUUUUACCAAAGAUGACCCAUUGGAGUUUAAGUCCCACCAGUGGUUUGGAGCAUCUGUACGAUCAAAGCAGGAUAAAAUAUUGGCCUGUGCCCCACUUUACCACUGGAGGACUGAAAUGAAACAGGAGAGAGAACCAGUUGGAACAUGCUUUCUUCAGGAUGGGACAAAGACUGUUGAGUAUGCUCCAUGCAGAUCGAAAAAUAUUGAUGCUGAUGGACAGGGAUUUUGUCAAGGAGGAUUCAGCAUUGAUUUUACUAAAGCUGACCGAGUACUCCUUGGUGGUCCUGGUAGUUUUUAUUGGCAAGGUCAACUCAUUUCGGAUCAAGUGGCAGAAAUUGUUUCUAAAUAUGACCCCAAAGUUUAUAGCAUCAAGUAUAAUAAUCAGUUAGCAACUCGUACUGCACAAGCCAUUUUUGAUGACAGUUACUUGGGUUACUCCGUGGCUGUUGGAGAUUUCAAUGGUGACGGCAUAGACGACUUUGUUUCAGGAGUGCCAAGAGCAGCAAGAACUUUGGGAAUGGUUUAUAUUUAUGAUGGAAAAAAUAUGUCCUCUUUGCAUAAUUUUACUGGUGAGCAGAUGGCUGCAUAUUUCGGAUUUUCUGUUGCUGCCACUGACAUUAAUGGGGAUGAUUAUGCAGAUGUGUUUAUUGGAGCACCUCUUUUCAUGGAUCGAGGUUCUGAUGGCAAACUCCAAGAGGUGGGGCAGGUCUCAGUGUCUCUUCAAAGACCGUCAGGAGACUUCCAGACGACCAAGCUGAAUGGUUUUGAAGUUUUUGCAAGGUUUGGCAGUGCCAUAGCACCUUUGGGAGAUCUAGACCAGGACGGCUUCAAUGAUAUUGCAAUUGCUGCUCCAUAUGGGGGUGAAGAUAAAAAAGGAAUUGUUUAUAUUUUCAAUGGAAGAUCGACAGGCUUGAAUGCAGUACCAUCUCAAAUCCUUGAAGGGAAGUGGGCUGCUCGGAGCAUGCCACCAAGCUUUGGUUAUUCAAUGAAAGGAGCCACGGAUAUAGACAAAAAUGGAUAUCCAGACUUAAUUGUGGGAGCUUUUGGUGUAGAUAGAGCCAUCUUGUACAGGGCCAGACCAGUUAUCACCGUAAAUGCUGGCCUUGAAGUAUACCCUAGCAUUUUAAAUCAAGACAAUAAAACCUGCCCACUUCCUGGGACAGAUAUCAAAGUUUCAUGUUUUAAUGUCAGGUUCUGCUUAAAGGCAGAUGGCAAAGGAGCGCUUCCCGGGAAACUUAACUUCCAGGUGGAGCUUCUCUUGGAUAAGCUCAAACAAAAGGGAGCAAUUCGACGAGCACUGUUUCUCCAUAACAGGUCCCCAGGUCACUCCAAGAACAUGACCAUUUCAAAGGGGGGACAGAUGCAAUGUGAGGAAUUGAUAACGUAUCUGCGGGAUGAAUCUGAAUUCAGAGACAAACUCACUCCAAUUACUAUUUUUAUGGAGUAUCGACUAGAUUAUAGAACAGCAGCCGAUUCAACGGGGUUGCAACCCAUUCUUAACCAGUUCACUCCUGCCAACAUUAGUCGACAGGCUCAUAUUCUACUUGACUGUGGUGAAGACAAUGUCUGUAAGCCCAAAUUGGAAGUUUCUGUAGAUAGUGAUCAAAAGAAGAUCUAUGUUGGGGAUGACAACCCUUUGACAUUGAUUGUUAAGGCUCAAAAUCAAGGAGAAGGUGCCUAUGAAGCUGAGCUCAUUGUUUCCAUCCCACCACAGGCUGAUUUCAUCGGGGUGGUCCGCAACAGUGAAGCCUUAGCAAGACUUUCCUGUGCAUUUAAAACAGAAAACCAAACCCGCCAGGUGGUAUGUGAUCUUGGAAACCCAAUGAAGGCUGGUACUCAGCUCUUAGCUGGUCUUCGCUUUAGUGUGCACCAGCAAUCAGAGAUGGAUACUACUGUGAAAUUUGAUUUACAAAUCCAAAGCUCGAAUCUUUUUGACAAAGUAAGCCCAGUUGUAUCUUACAGAGUUGACCUUGCUGUCUUAGCUGCUGUUGAGAUAAGAGGGGUCUCAAGUCCCGAUCAUAUCUUUCUUCCGAUUCCAAAUUGGGAGCACAAGGAGAACCCUGAGACUGAGGAAGACAUUGGGCCAGUUGUUCAGCACAUCUAUGAGCUGAGAAACAAUGGUCCAAGUUCAUUCAGCAAGGCGAUGCUAAAUCUUCAGUGGCCUUACAAAUAUAACAAUAACACUUUGUUGUACAUCCUUCAAUAUGAUAUUGAUGGACCAAUGAACUGCACUUCAGAUAUGGAGAUCAAUCCUUUGAGAAUUAAGAUCUCAAAUAUGCAAACAAAUGAAAAGAAUGACACAGUUGCUGGACAAGGUGACCGAAACCAUCUCAUCACCAAGCGAGAUCUCACCGUAAGUGUAGGAGAUAUUCACACUUUGGGUUGUGGAAUUGCUGAGUGUUUGAAGAUUGCCUGCCAGGUUGGGCGAUUAGACAGAGGAAAGAGUGCAAUCCUGUAUGUAAAGUCUCUACUGUGGACUGAGACCUUUAUGAAUAAGGAAAACCAGAAUCAUUCAUAUUCUCUGAAGUCAUCUGCUUCAUUUAAUGUCAUAGAAUUUCCUUAUAAGAACCUUCCAAUUGAGGAUAUCUUCAACUCCACAUUGGUUACCACUAAUGUCACCUGGGGCAUUCAGCCAGCACCCAUGCCUGUGCCUGUGUGGGUGAUCAUUUUAGCGGUUCUAGCAGGAUUGCUGUUGCUGGCUGUUUUGGUAUUUGUAAUGUACCGGAUGGGCUUUUUUAAACGUGUUCGGCCACCUCAGGAAGAACAGGAAAGGGAACAGCUUCAGCCUCAUGAAAAUGGUGAAGGAAACUCAGAAACUUAACUGGGAUUCUUAAGUUAUGCUACAUCCUGACCCAUUAGAAUUACCAACUUCAUUGUAGAUUUUGAUUUCCUUCAUGAGGAAUAAAAUUCCGAGACUGUACUGCUGAUGGUACCCACUGGUAUUAACCACAACAUGAGAGCAAUAUUUGUCAACCUUUUCAUUAUAAAUAUGUUCAGAUAUACAUUUAAUGCACAUCUACUGACUUGUGUUUUUAGGUAUUUAAAAAAAAAUUCAAGUGAUAGUUUUUCAAUGUACAUAAGGCAGGUAGUGCUUGAGUUACUACUUUAUAUAUAAAAUAGUACCUCUUACAUUUCUUAAUUUUGAUUAUGUUAGAUUUUGUUGUCAUUUCUAUUAUUUUUGUUUUUUUAAAGCAAUCUCAUUUGAACCUUUGUGUCCUAUGCACAUCUUUUGUACAGAUACUUAAUGUUAAUACAUAUUACACUACAGUUGAAUUUUCAAGCUACUAGACUUUAUAACUGCAGAAACUGGAUUUUAAUGGUUCUAUAUGGUAGAACUAAAACGCAAAAACAAAAACCUGAUCCCAUCAAAAUUUUUUCCUCUAAUAGCAAAGUUACAGUAAUAUGUUUUAAUAUGAAAAUUAGAUACAUGCUAUUAAAUUUCUAUUUAUAUUUAACCCACAGUCAUUUUAUUACAUUUUAAUUUGUGUAAUUAAGUUCAAUUUCAAAUUCUUUAAGCCAACCUACACUAAAAAUUAGUUCUAUAAUCAGAAAUGCCUUUUUGUGUAAUAGUUUAAUUUUAGCUUAACAUCAUAAUGCUUAAAACCAAAUGAAAUUGGAAAUCACUUCCAAAGUACACUUACUCUAUUGUAUUAGUCUUGACUAUUUACAAUACAAAAAAGGCAUUUUACUUAAAAGACUGUAUUUGUAGUUCUUGUUUAUUAAUGGUAUAUUCUCAGAUUAGAGCAAUGCUUCUAGUUGGAAUUAAUUUAUUUUCCACCUAUGUAUGUAUUUUUCCUUAUACUCCAAAACUGUCAAGAUCAAUGAGGAAUCUUUGCAACUUAUAGGAAUCUAUACCCACUCCAACUCCCGUGAAAAAUGCUUGGAAAUUAAAAAUCUUAAAGUAAGUCACCAAUUUACUUUGGCAAUAACAUAUGCGACUUACAGGCAUAUUACCUCACCUUACACAAGGUAAUGUGAAAAAAACAGUCUCAGCUAUCAAAAUGAAUUUGAAAGAUACUUUUUAUAAGCAAUUCAAGUAAAUGGAAGCCUUUUUAAACUUUUUUAGGUAUAGCAACAUAAAUUAGUUUUCUAAGAUUUUUUAAACAAAAGCUGACCAGGUGGCAAGUUGUAGUUUUAUAUGCCUAUAAAGCAGUGAAACUUCUAGGAGAAUAUAUGAUUUAUUCAGUUUCCCAUGGCCUGGGGAUGACUAUUAAUUACAGCUAUUUUUAUGCAGUAACAUAUUGUACAUUAGAAAUUGAGAGCUUAAUAGGUUUUUAACUGUUCUCAUUAGGCAAUGAUAAAUAUUUUCCAUAAAUAACAAUAUUUUUCUGUGUUUUAAAAAUAACAAAUUUAUCUUGCCAUGUCUGGUGUUCUAAUUCCCUGCAUAAUUGGCUUAGCAUCUAUUUAUAAAUUGGAUGCACAUGUAGGUAAGUUACAAUAGAACAUUGACAAGAUCCUAUAUUAAACUUGAGUAAAUUUCAAAAUUUAUAGAUUUUUUAGUAUAGAUUUUUUUUAAUAGUUUAAAAGAUCCUAGUCAUAAGCAUUAGGUAUUUUUAUUACCAAUAUUUUAAAUUUUUUAAGAAAAAAAAAUUUUUAUCUGAUGAUCUGUUAUAAACUACUUAAAGUUGGUUUGUAACAACUUCUACAUUACCUGUUUUUCCCCCAGUAGCAGUCAUUCCUGAAAAUAUGUUGGGUAGAAAUCUACUCUUUGAAAAAAAUAUUUGCUUCUGCACAGUCCAUUCUCCUUAUGACUUCUAUCUUAAGGUAUAUUUUUAUAUAGGAGAUUCAAGGACUUUGUCGCUGAAAAUUACCAUGCAUUUUAAAUAGCCUUUGUGAAAUGAAGUAGUAUAUUCUUUUAAAAAAUGAAAUAUUAUAUCUCUAUAAAAAUAAGGAAGAAAUGUAAUUUAAAAGUCUGCCCCUUGGGGAAAAUAUUGGGAUUAUUUUUACCCUAAAAUAGCACUUGAAUGUACUUGGUUCAAAUGUGAAAAAUAACCCUAUGAAAUCUAUAUUAAUUUUCACACAUUUUAAAUAAUGCUAUUUUUACUUACUGAAAAUUAAAAUUCAUUUUAAAUACAUAAAAUUUCUAUAAUCUGAUUAAGUUAAAAAAACAGUUAUCACUGAGGCAGAGAAUAGUUGAAAGCAGUUGAUAUUGGUAAGGAAUGUUGGUACUGUUGAAUUCUUAUAUAUGCAUUUAUUUCAGAAUUGAUGUUUGGAGAAACAUUUGAGGGACAUUCUUUGCUUUUACUGUUCUCAUGAUUCAUGCUGAUUAAGUUCUUAAUUCUGAGCUGUAAAACAAUUACUCAAAAUAUUAGUGCCACAAUUCUUCUGUCUUUUGAAACUACUUGUGGAAAAUUCUCAUUGUUUAUAUUUAUAUAAAGAAAACACAUAAAUAUUAGUAAAAGAGAUUAUACUGGCUUAAGAGAGCUAUGAAAGCUUUUUUGAUAGUAAACCAUGACCCUAAGAGAGAGCUUCAUGAGGCAAAAGUAUUGUAUGUAAUAGAUCAUCUGAUUUUUAUAAAGCAGACAACUUGUAACUUGAUAGACAUUCCUAUGAUGGAGAAUGUAGCGCCCAAGUCUGGAGAAAUAAAUUGUUAUUGUAAUACCUGUGUAUGACCAUUGGCUAUCACAGUGUCACCUUAUUUGUACUCUUGGAUAGAUUGUAUGUGUGGUAGUUUGGUAAUAAGAAAAAUAUAUGAAAUUUGAAUAUUGAAUAUAGGAUCAAAAAUAUUGACUGAAAUGACUUACUACUCUGUUUUGGAGAGUUAUCUCUUUUCACUUGUUGGUAGGCUAGUCUGAAGGAUGAACCUAUGGACCUGUAGCAUGCAUCUAUGCUUGUAUUCAUUGUAAUUUCCAAUACAAUAUGAACUUCUUGGGAGAGGUACGUAAUUUCUGAUUUUUAUUGUCAUUGUUCUCAAGUGCAAUAUAACAAUGUAACCAAACCUAGUCAUUCUUAAUUUAGUAAGCCUAAUCUGAAUGAAGAUAUUAUUGGUAUUUUGUUAGCAGGAAGGAGUGGUUCUGCUAUGGACAUUUACUCCUAAGCGGUUCAUUCUAUGUUUUAUUUCAGACUGGACAUAAACUAUUUCCUGCUAGUUUUAAAACACUUUGAAUUAUCUUAAAGUAAUUUGGAAGUUGUGUAUAUAAAAUUAAUUUGCUACCUACUUACAUAACAUAGAAAGUAAUUUUUUUUUGUUCUGCUUCUCUUGUGAUCACCCACAUUGGGUGAGGCAUAAAAUGAGUGUGUUCUAAAAACUUGAUUUGAGUUAGUGAAAACUGGUACAGUGUUCUACUUAGUUUCCAGUGUGUAACUUGUGAUUGUACAAUAAACUUGAGCAUAUGUUGCCACUUUUGUGUAUGGACUUUAU